AUGGCCCAAAAUAAGUAUUCUAUCCUUUUACCUACUUACAACGAGAGGGAAAAUUUACCAUUAAUCAUUUGGUUGAUUAAUAAAACUUUAAGUGAAAGUGGUAUUGACUUUGAAGUAAUCAUUAUUGACGAUGGCAGUCCUGAUGGUACAUUAGACGUGGCCAAGCAGUUGCAGAAAAUUUUCGGAGAGAAAAAGAUUAUACUUCGACCUAGAGAAAAGAAGCUUGGCUUAGGUACUGCAUAUAUUCAUGGUAUUAAACAUGCAACGGGCAACUACAUUAUUAUCAUGGAUGCCGAUUUAUCCCAUCACCCAAAAUUUAUUCCUCAAUUUAUCAAGAAGCAAAAGGAAGGAAAUUACGACAUCAUUUCUGGCACUAGAUAUAUAGGUGAUGGCGGCGUGUAUGGAUGGGAUCUCAGGCGGAAAUUAAUUAGUCGUGGAGCUAACUUUCUUGCUAGAGUAUUGUUAAGGCCAGGAGCAUCAGAUUUGACUGGUAGCUUUAGGCUUUACAAAAAAGAAAUACUUGAAAAGUUAAUCGCUGCUUGUGGAUCCAAAGGUUACGUGUUUCAAAUGGAGAUGAUAGUCAGAGCAAGGCAAUUUGGUUAUGCAGUUGGAGAGGUACCAAUAACAUUUGUCGAUCGCUUUUACGGGGAAUCGAAACUUGGCGGAAAUGAAGUAAUUCAAUACGCCACAGGACUACUAAGAUUAUUUGCAACUACAUAA